GGGAGUUUGGAGAGAGGGUGAAACAUCCACCCUCGCUAAGAGAGGGAGCCCUCCGCAGGAGUACCUAUGUGUUUGGAAAUUUGACGUCCUGGAUCAAUGCGGGAAUUGAUUAGCCCAUUUUAUCUUGUGGCGAAUAACGGCUUGUCUUGGAUUUCUACUUUAAUGUUUUGGAAAACUGAUCAGAUGUUGGGGGUUUCAGAGUUGGACGGAGGAGACCUUGGCAACGGAUUCAACUCGAUAAUUGCAAACAGCACGAGCUCGUCAGAUGAUGAUUCCUUUUCGACGGCCUGUUCUUCCCUCUCGUCGGCAAUCGACGCUUCAAACCAUGUCUGCAGCCUCUCUCACUGGGAAGACGCUGUGCACCAGCUGCGGUCUGGACAUUGUGGAUAAAUACCUGCUCAAGGUUAACAACUUGUGCUGGCACGUGAGAUGCCUCUCGUGCAGCGUGUGCCAAACGCCUCUCGGGAGACAUGUCAGUUGCUACAUUAAAGACAAACACGUUUUCUGCAAAGUGGACUAUUUCAGGAGGUACGGGACUCGGUGUGCGCGCUGCGGCCGGAACAUCCACUCCAACGACUGGGUGCGUCGGGCCAAGGGCAACACGUACCACCUGGCCUGCUUCGCCUGCUCCACGUGCAAGCGGCAGCUCUCCACCGGAGAGGAGUUCGGCCUGCUGGAGGAGCGUCUGCUGUGCCGCGUGCACUACGACUGCAUGGUGGAGAGUCUCAAGCGCUCGCUGGACAACGGAGAGGGGGAGGAUGGUGAUCUGGAGUUGUCCCACCCCAAACCAGCCAAGAGGGCUCGCAGCUUCACUGCUGACCAACUACAGGUGAUGCAGGCUCAGUUUGCUCAGGAGAACAACCCAGAUGCCCAGACGCUCCAGAAGCUGGCAGAGAGGACUGGCCUGAGCCGGAGAGUCAUCCAGGUGUGGUUCCAGAACUGUCGAGCGAGACACAAGAAGCACGUUAGUCCCAACCUGGAGCCCCCCAUGACCACUCUGUCAUCCAUGACCACUCUGUCAUCCAUGACCACUCUGUCAUCCAUGACCACUCUGCCCCUGGUGGAGGACCUGCAGUACACCGCCUUCAUACCGACGGACCCUCCGCUGCUCGCAACACUGCACACCUACAUGGACGUUCAAGGCUCAACCCCCUUGGUGUUCCAGCCUCUUCUGUCCCAUUCGAUGACACAGCUGCCAAUCAGCCAUGCAUGACCCGCCUACAACAGGACCGGGUGUUAUGAUUGGUAGGCAAAAUGGAUUAGCACAUCACCAAGGAUGCGGAACUAAAAUCCAAAUAUUUUCCACGAAGUUAAAGCACAAAGGAGAAAUCACGUUCAAGAAACGAAACAAACAGCUUAACUCUGUAGAAGUAUUUUUGUUAAUAUAUAAUAUAUAUAUUUGGUUAUGACAUUUAUGCCAUUUAAUUUAUUGGAUGUAUAUGUGACUAAGCACUUUGUUUUAAAUAAAUUAACUAAAGGUUAAUGGAGGAGUUUCUAGUAAUGUGGGUUUGGGUUGGUGUCUCACUGGGCUGUGAUGAUGAAUGGUAAAUAAAAACCAUAAAAGAC